AUGGAUCCAUUAUCUAUCGCGUCAGGCGCCGCCGGCCUCGCCAUCAGCUGCGCGACAAUAGUCAAGACCCUAUACACCUGGAUAGACGAUACUGUCGACGUCGACGAGAAUGUCUCUAAUUUGUUGGAGGAGGUCUCGAUCCUGUCGCGAGUCCUAGACUCGGUCAGCAAUGCCUCAGGUCGGGUUCCGCAAGCUAUCGUGGCCGAGAUCGAUCCCGGUAAUGCCCUCUGGAGUAGUAUUAGUGCCACCUUCGAUGAUAUCCAGAACACAUUCGACAAGCUCAAACAACUAAUGGCCGAGCUUGAGAAAACAAACCGCUUUAGCCGAGGGUUCUUGCGCAAGCCAACCAAGCAAAUCAGGUUUAGCCUACGGUCUAAAGAUAUCACUAUAUACAAGGACAGAAUCAAGUCAUACAACACGGCAAUGACAAGUGCUUUUCAGAUGCUCAAUAUCUGCCUCCUAAUUCAUAGCAACUCCUCUCAAGAUUCUGUGUUCAAGGUCCUCUCUGGGCUCAAAUCCCAGCUGAGAAAUGUUGAGGUUGCUUUACAUACAAGUAGUUCGGCAAGCCCUGGCCCUUCCGGUGGACGUGAAGAGGACGAUCGCGCCACCCAAAAUCUCCGACAGUUUGUUCAAGUAGCAGAGAACUUCCAUUCAAGCGCCAGUACUAUUCUGAGAGAGGGUCCUAGGUCAACUGUCUGGGGAGGAAGUAUUAUGGGCGAUCCUUUAACGGAGGCACAAACGUCACAGAUCGAGAGAUGGAUACCUCCGCCAGUCAAUGAAGAGCCGCAUUCUCCUCUCGACGCCGACUCGGACAGUGAAACUGAGUUUGCCAGAAGAUUUGAAGAACUAGCAAUCAAGAAUGAGGCGGAUGGAGACCAUGCAAAGGCAGAACAAUUCUACAGAGGUGCCAUCGAGCAUGGUGAAUCGAGUUCGAGACCAGUAAUCGACAUCACUGCUAUGAAGAUACGACUAGCAUAUGCAUGCAUGCGGCAGGAAAAGUGGACAGAAGCAGACGAAAUCAUCACCCCGAUCGCUUUUGAGAGAAAGAAAAAUGAUAUACUCGUGUAUCACGGAAUGCACGCGUUGGCUCUUGCUUAUGUGGAUGACUCCAAACUCGAGGAAGCUGAAAGGUAUUGCAAGCGUGCUCUUUGGGGCAAGAGAAAGGUUCUCGGCAAAGAUAAUCUGAGCUGCUGGGAGACCCUCACUCUGCUUGUGUUCAUAUGCAAAGCAAGAAACAGGACUGCGGAAGCAGAGGUCCACCGAAGCUUUAUCCCGAACCACGAGACUAUCGCAAUUGACCCUGAAGCGUUGACUUAUCUGGACCGUUCGGUUUGGAGUUUGGGCAGACCAAGUAACGGCAGUGACAUGGUCCCACAAACUCAACAGCCAUUAGCCUUUCAGCAGGAGUAUUCUCCAAGUCAACCAUACACUACGGCAGCUACUGCUCCAGUCCCAUCCGCAGGUGGAUUCCAGUACCCCAAAACCUUCGGUUCUCAGUACACAAGUCCACCAACACCGAAUAGUCAUCAAGGCGUAGUUCAAUAUCCGACACAGCAAAGGCAAACAAGGUCAAACGGAGAAUCGUCUUCAAAUCCUACUAUCUCUCGAAAGGCUAUCGGACACCCAAACCCGAGCUUAUCUACAAUGCAUCAUCCUCAAAGUACGGGGCCAUACUAUCAACAACAACCAGAGCAACCGAGGAGAAGCACCAAUCUGUCAUAUAGCCACAAUAAUGGCCUGUCUGGAUUCGAACUCCUGUACGAUUUCGAUUCCUACUGGCCUGACCACAUUGGCGUGGGUCUUCGAGCCAUAGGUUGGACCGAUGAUCUUAUCAAAGAGAACCAGCAGACCAUCAUAGACUACUUUAAGUUUCGACCGGUGAGUGACAGAACAGCUUCUAUGGCUUUGUCACUGUCACCUCCUCCCCAUUUAUCGAGAGCAUAUACACAACCCACGCAAGGUGCCAACAACUAUGAACAACAAGGUUAUCAAUCCCCCGCAUCACUGUCGCCCUACAGCAUGGCACCUGUGCCCACGCCUGAGCCCAGAUAUCAGAUAUUUGUGUCAAUCGACUUCAUGAACAUAGACGGUGCGAGUACCAGUGUUGCAUACAUUCCAACUGUUAUUUACUACGAUCAGUACGAUAAGGUGGUUGGCUGGGGCCAUGACACUGCUAAUGCUCUUGGACCAACUGGAGAUCCGAAGCCAGGCAUCCAGAAAGUUGAAGGUCUACCUCUGCUCUUGGCCCAAGAGACAGAAGAGUAUAUUCCACUACCUGGCGUUCCUCCGGGCCUCAACGCUGUAGAUGUCUCAGCCGAUUUUCUCUAUGUGGUCAGGCGUGCUCUUCGUACCCAAUUACAGCAACGUCUGGGAAGUAAAUUCUUGGACAACGAGCAGAGAAUCCAUUGGAUUGUCACCUCGUCAGAGAUCUGGGCAAAUAGGAACAAAACGUUAUGGAAACGUGCUCUCCAAAGGGCUGGCUAUCUGAGAGACGAAAAUGAUAAACGCUUGUCAUUCAUCGGCGAGGCAGAGGCGUCAAUAAACCACGCGAUAAUGAGAUAUUCCCUCAGCCAAGAAACCUAUAUCUUUGCGAGCUUUGGGAAGAAGAUAGCACACGUGUCCGUGUGUACGCUUCCACUAGCACCACAUCCCUUUGUUUCUAGGCUUGUGUCAAAUGAGAACCAGGGGCCUACACUCAUAGCACAAAGGUUUGCUGAAAUGGUGCGGACCAAAAUCAAGCAUAUGCGACUUCCAGAUGGCUCCAGGAUAGCCAGAAGGGUCUAUGGAAGGUGUAUCGACGAUUUUGAGGACCGAAUCUUGCCGGAUUUCAGAAACAACGGACAAGAAUGGGAUGUUGAUGUUGCAAUUGAAACCGAAUUCCCCGAUGCAGGGAUCAAGAAUGGCUUCAUGACUUACACAAAUGAUGAAAUCUUGUCUUGUUUCCAGCCCGUCAUAGAUAGAAUUAUGACCAUGAUGGCUCAUGCGUUAGGUGACGUUUUCAAAACUGGCAAUGUUCUUGAGGGAAUUGUACUUGCAGGAGAAUACUGUACAUCGGAAUACUUGCUACGGGAAAUCAAGUCGAAACUACCCGACAACCUCCGGAACAAGGUCUAUCCGCCCAUGGAACCUGCAACACAGGUUGUGUUAGGCGCAGCCAAUCUAGAAUUAACGCGCUAUUUGUCUAGCGGUCGAGGAUAUGUUCAAGCAUGA